AUGCGUCCUGUGAUUGCUAUUGAUGCUACCCAUUUGAAGUGCAAGUAUAAAGGUGUUUUGUUUGUUGCCAUCACAUUUGACGGAAAUGGUUAUAUAUGUCCUCUUGCCUUUGGGAUUGGAGAUUUGGAGACGGAUGCAGCUUGGGAAUGGUUUUUCACAAAACUACAUUGUGCAAUUGGUGAUUGCUCGAAUCUUGUUGUCAUAUCUGAUCAAAAUCUUAGCAUUGAAAAUUGGUUGAAAAGAGUUUUUCCUGAGGCAGCACAUGGUAUUUGCUUUUAUCACUUGAAGAGCAAUAUGAAAGCCUCAUUUAAGUUGAAGAAGCAGGAUCCGAUAUUGGGGUUUUUUGUGCGGGCAGCCAAGUCUUACCGUCUAGCAGAGUUCAAUCGUUAUUUCUCCAUGAUAAACAACGAGCGAGUGCAAACUUAUCUAGUACACACAGGGCUCCAUAAGUGGUCUCAAGCCGAUUGUGACGGACGACGAUAUAAUGUCAUGACAACUAAUAUUGCAGAGCCCAUUAAUUCAGUUCUUCAUUUUGCAAGGAUGCUUCCAGUGGUACACUUGAUCGAGGAAAUUAGGAAUAUGCUUCAGAAUUGGUUUAGUCAACAUCGAGAUUUGUCAAUGAAAUGUAAAUCUAUGUUGUGCCCUAAUUUAGGCGAAAAGAAGUUGAGGAAGAGAUUAAACACUGCUUCAAGGAUGAAUGUGGUUAAAAUGAAUGAUGUGAAGUAUAAUGUGCUUGAUGGUGAUAUGAACG